AUGGCAGAGUAUGAAGCAUGUAUCACGGGGCUCCGGGCAACUAUAGAGCGCAAGAUCAAGUCACUAGAAGUAUAUGUAGAUUCUGCUCUGGUAAUUUACCAACUUCGAGGUGAAUGGGAGACAAGAGAUUCUAAAUUAAUCAAUUAUAGAAGGUUGGUGUUGGGGUCAGUUGAAGAAUUUGAUAAUAUUACCUUCAGUUAUCUCCCGCAUGAUGAAAACCAAAUGGCAGAUGCUUUGGCUACUUUGGCUUCCAUAAUCAAAGUAAGCAGACAAGAAGAUGUGAAGCCCAUUCAGAUGAGUAUUUGUCGGGCCCCGUCUUAUUGUUACAAUAUAGAGGAUGAAGAGAGAGAUGAUCAUCCUUGGUAUCAGCAUAUAUUGCGAUAUGUUCGAAAUUGUGAAUUUCCAGAUCAAGCCACAGAGAAUGACAAAAGGACGUUAAGAAGCCUCGCUUGUGAUUAUGUUUUAGAUGGGAAGAUCCUGUACAAAAGAAGAAAUGAUCGGGUACUUUUGAGAUGUAUGGAUGCUGUGGAGUCUAAGAAAAUCUUGGAAGAAGUUCACGAAGGGGUUUGUGGAACGCACGCCAAUAGGUUCACAAUGGCCAGACAAAUAAUAAGGUUCGGAUAUUACUAG